AAUCGGGACAACUUCUGUGACAGACAUUCCGACGCUUUAACAACUCACAACGGUGGAUCUGCACGUGCGCUUACACACGCAUCUGGCGACAUUGAACUCGCAGAUUUGAAUUCUAGCAGAUCGAGCUCAAAUUCCAGCUCAUCGGACCAAGCUCGCCGUUCACCAUGGCAGACGGCGCCGGCGAUCAGCCUGCCUCCACCAGCGCGCUGCCGGCUGCCAGCUCCGAUGCGCCAUCACAAUCCACCACUCAGCCUGCUUCCUCCGUCACUGAACAGCCAUCACAAUCGAUCGCGGAAGAUGCCCCCCUCGAGAGCCUCCCUGAUCGGGAGAUUGACGCCGAAAUCAACCCCGUCGCAAGCGGCAGUGCAGCGGCAGACGACAAUAUGAACCUCGACGGAGCAAACGAUGCUGCAGGAGCUGCCAGCGGUGAUGCAGCCGGAAAUGCCGCAACUACCACAGCACUCGAUGUAGAAGGCGCUCUCAACAAUUUGCCAGCGGUGCUCGAACCUAGGAUACCACAAAAGAAAGACACAUCGCUCCGCGAAUUUCUAGGGAAAAUGGACGACUAUGCGCCCUUGAUCCCGGAUGCCGUGACGGAUUACUACAUGACAGUCGCGGGUCUACCUCCACCACCCGAAAGUGAUCGACGAUUAGCUCGUCUACUUGCCCUGGCGACACAAAAGUUCAUCGCGGACAUUGCGGCCGACGCAUACCAAUACAGCCGCAUCAGGAGCACAAAUACGACGUCGAAUAACCCUCUCACAGGCCUAGGCGGGGCGGCAGGUUUCGGUACGGCGGCGGCAGCGCCAGCGGCAGGUGAUGCUGAAGGCGCCGCAAGAGGUGGAAAGAAGGACUCGGGCAAAUCGGCACCAUUGGGCGGACCACGGGCUGGCUAUGGAGGUGGAGGUGCGGGCGCUGCGCAAGGCCGGACAGUCUUGACGAUGGAAGACCUGGGAAUGGCAGUUGGCGAGUACGGUGUCAACGUUAAGCGUGGCGAGUUCUACCGAUAAUAGUUCUUGGGCUGGUAUCUGGGUAUUAUUGUUCCUACGUAUUGUCUUGAUCUGUGCUGGCAUCGAUUUUCGCUGGCCGGGUAGGCGUUAGAGUGGCAUUUGGGAGGAUCGCGCUCUCGAAAUGAGAGCAAUAGGCGUCUGGGCGGAUAAUUCAAAUAACGAGUUCAGCAUGAAAAAUGAAUGGUACCCUGCGACCUUGUUUCGGGUUGAUGGUGAAGAUGAGUUGCGCAGACCGGCUCGUCAGAAAGAAACAAACCUCGAGCUAUUCGAUUUGAUUGGUAUCACAUGUUGAAAAUUGUUGAGCAGAGGU